ACAGACACUCAUCUCUUACAAUAUACACUCAAGACAACAUGACUGCUGCCGGUGAGCUCCAAAACUUUCUGCCAGCAAUGCUGAUAUGGUUCAUACAUUUCAAGUGUUGCAUGGCUGAAAAGGCAGAGAAUACAACCACCACCACACUGUUCUCGGACUACAGCUUACCUGCCAGCGUAGAUUAUGACGAAUAUCCUACAUUAUGUGGGAAAGACCAGAACCGACAAUUUCGCAGUUGGUUUAUUCCGACUUUCUUCUCCAUCAUCUGCCUGCUGGGUCUGGCAGGAAACAUGAUGGUCAUCCUCACCGUCUUCUACUUCAAGCGGCUUAAGACCAUGACAGAUGUGUACCUGCUCAACUUGUCCUUCGCAGACCUGCUGUUUGCUCUGUCGCUCCCCUUUUGGGCAGGCAACUCCAUGGCAGAGUGGGUGCUAGGCGUGGCACUGUGCAAGGCCAUGCACACUGUUUACAAGGUCAGCUUUUACAGCAGCAUGUUCCUUCUCUCCUUCAUCAGCAUCGACCGUUACUUUGCCAUCGCCAAAGCUGUCACCGCUCACCGCCACCGCUCUGAAGCUGUGUUUUUCAGCAAGGUGUCAUCAGCUGCCAUCUGGGUGAUGGCACUGAUCUUCUCCAUCCCUGAAAUGGUGUACACCAACACCAGCAACAAUACCUGCACCCCGUAUUCCAGCAACACUGACCAUCUCCGCGUCAGCAUCCAGGCAAGCCAGAUCGCUCUGGCUUUUGUCCUUCCACUUGUGAUCAUGACUUUUUGUUACACCAGCAUCAUCCAAACGCUUUGCCAGGCUCGAAACUUUGAACGGAACAAGGCCAUCAGGGUGAUUCUCGCUGUGGUGGCCGUCUUUCUGAUCUCCCAGGUGCCUUAUAAUGUGGUUCUCUUCUGGACCACAGUCGUCACAGCAAGAGGAGGAGCUAAAGACUGCGACUAUGACAACAAUCUCAUGUUCGCCACUGACAUCACGCAGUGUGUGGCUUUUCUGAGGUGCUGCCUGAACCCCCUCGUCUAUGCUUUCAUUGGUGUGAAGUUUCGCAACGACCUCCUGAAAUUGCUAAAGGAUUUUGGCUGCAUGAGUCAGAAGACGUUCUACAAGUACACCAGCGGCAGGAGGAGGAGCUCUGGCCUCAAUGACACAGAGACCACCACCACGUUCUCGCCUUAAAGUGGUCUCUCCUCACAAACAGAUCAGACAGUUGACUUUUAAUCAUGAAAAAUGGUUUUGCAUGUGUAUAGCAGAAGUUAACCUAUAUAAAGGCAGGGUUUGAAUGUUUUGUGUGUGUGUAUAUAUAUAUAUAUACACACACACACACACACAUGUAUGUGUGUGUGUGUGUUUAUAGUAUAAAAACAAUAAAUUUGAUAACAGUAGGCUGUGGAUUAUUUUUUGCUUUGGUUAUCUCAUGGAUUUGCUGCAAACUGCAAUAUUUCAAUAGAAGAGGAAUAUUUUUUUUAAUUCAAACUACAUACUUAAAAAUUGCUUAAUAUAAAUAAAACAUAUUUCUGUAUUUCUAUGCAGGUCUUUUUUAGUAACCAAACAAGAGCUGGCUUAGAAAAACAAAACAAAACAAACAAACAAAAAACAAAAAACAAAACAAAAAACAAACAAACAAACCAAAAAAAUAAAAUAAAAUAAAACUAUACCUCUACCACUAAACCAUCUGA